CGGGGGGUUUGAGAACCAUUCUGGUAUGCCACUGUCAGUCUAUCACGAAUUGAACAAAUUGUUGUUUUGAAUCGUUCUAUAGAAUGCAAAUAAAUAAAAAUAAGUAAACAGCAUUCACUUCAGCUUUAAAUUAAUAUAAGUAUUAAUAAAGAGUAUUAAUAAUGAACAAAACUAGUGAUGGCAUGCAAUACAGAGAUCUGUCUCAGCAUUCGCCUAUUCCAUAUGAAGGCGACGAAGUAUCGGAACAAAUGACGGCUUCUUACAGUGAAAUAUCUUUCAACCCUCAAAUUACGCAAAAUAACUUAGAAUUAGAUAUAGAUAAGAUUGCAAUGUGCGAUCGCCCUGCAAGUAUAUCUUCUGAAGGCACGUUUCAUUUAGAUGGAGAGAUGACACAUUUCGUAGCUCAAGACUUAGAACAUAAAAUAAAAUUGGCCAGCCCUAAUGUAAAACCUAAUGAUAUAACUGAUAUAGGAACAAGUAUCACAUCACUUUAUAGGCCUUUUCAUCAAGUCAACGGAGAUAUUUUAAAUGAUCUUGAAAUGGAAACACAAAGAAUUGCUACUUCUAUUGAUACACUUACAGAGAACUUGUGCGGUAUUUUACAUUCCAUUUCAUCUAUAACUGCUGAUAAUGUCAAUACAUAUAAAAAUGCUGUCAUUAAAAUGACUGAUGCUAUGGAUGCUAAUAUUAAAGGCAUGUAUACAUUAGUCGCAAAAGCCGAGGAAGUUUCACAAGUAAUGAAACCUGUAGCCACAUAUUCUGCAAGGAUUAAAGAAAUAAAGCGACUUGUAGAUUUAUUUGAUAGUAAUUUAUGAAUUAUGUUUUGAUAGUUUGCAUUAUUAGCUAUCAGAGCAAAUAAGUUUAAUGGCAAAUUUUACCAAUGCUUGAAAUAACUUCAAAUGAGUUUGUUUGUUGUUUCAGUUAAAAUCCUAAUUUACAAUACAGGAUCACUAAGCCAUUAUUCAUCAACAAGUAAAUGCUGGAGAUAAAUAAUGUUUUUCAACUUCAUCGAUUGCAGAGUUGACAGUGAAAUAAAAUUAUAGGCAAGUUAAAUUACUGCUUGAAAUUGUAAUCAAUUCUGGGCUUAUGUUAUGU